GUGCAAUUGAUCAUUAUUAUUAUCAUCAGUAUUAUAAAAAGCCUACCCUUUCCCACCACUCUCAAUCAUUUUAAACCAGUUCCCCCUCCCUAUACAAUCUCAUCCCUUCUUUGUGUACCUGGUGACGUUAAGUCCCCCAUAGCAGAGGCAUUGAACUUUGGCAUCAUCCAUGUCCGUUACAGGCUUUUCAGACCCUGAUAGAAUGUUCAACAAGUCAUUCCAUCGUAGGAAGGACUCUGGCGAGCUCGACGUGUUCGAGGCCGCGCGGUAUUUCUCAGGGUACAACGAACCGGUUGGUAGCUACAGUUGCGCGACGUUCAGUCAGAGGAUCAUGCGGGAAGAGAGGCAACCAUGGAGGGGAGGUAGGGCCAGCUUGGAUGUGCCAAUGAGGAAUCCCAUUGCUCAACAAGCUCAUGUGGUGGAAAAACAGAUCAAAGAGAAGAAAUACAAGCAUCCAAGUUCACCAGGUGGUAGACUUGCUAGCUUCUUGAACUCCCUUUUCAACCAAACAAGCUCCAAAAAGAAGAAAUCAAAGUCCACCACACAGUCCAUGAAAGAUGAAGAAGAGAGCCCUGGUGGAAGAAGGAAAAGGAGGAUCAGCAUUAGCCAUUUCCGUAGCUCCAGCACGGCCGAUACCAAGUCGUUUUAUUCGUCUUCGAAUUCGGGUUCCAGGACGCCCCCGCCUUAUGCACACACGCCUGCCAAAAGCUACAAGGAUUUUAGAAGCUAUUUAGACCAUAAACAGCAUCUGGCAGCAUCAUCUCAAACAAAGAACAAUAUUGGACAAACAAAAUCAACAGCUUUACAACAUGAUACAACAAAAGACUAUUCUUGGUUGGAUGAGAAACUCAAGUUCCUUGAUGACUACUCAGAAAAACAUCAUAACCUCGGUGCUCGCCAUCAGGAUAAAGCUAGGAAUCGAGCUGAUCGAUAUCUAGCAGAAGGGAAAGGUUUCAGGAAUUUCAAUGAGGUCGAUGAUGGUGCCGAUAGCGAUUCGAGCUCCGAUCUGUUCGAGCUCCAAAACUACGAUUUAGGUAUCUAUUCAGGCGGUUUACCUGUGUAUGAAACAACACAUAUGGACAGCAUCAAGAGAGGAGCACCAAUUUCCAAUGGUGCACUAUGAAACUAUACAUUUUCAACUUGUUGAUGAUGGGUUCCAUUUGUUUCCAUUGCCAUUGUAGGCAUUAGAUUUUGCUCGUCUUUUUUUUCUUCUUCCCUAUUGCUAGCUUCUUUGAAAGUUCGUUGAAUGCUUUUUCCCCUUUCUUUUAUUUUCUCUGUAUGUACAGUUUGGAAUGUUUGUUUGUCUUCA